GAACAUUUCCUGCCUCGGUGUGACUCACGCGCGCUUCCUCUCAGAUGAGAACGAGACGCGCGCGCCCGCGCCGGUAUAAGAGCGCCGGUCUGGACUCGAGUCACACACGCGACGCGACGCGUUGAGCUGUGAUGGAGCGGUUCGGUUCUGUCGGCUGUGGCUCGGUUCUUCUCGCGUGUCUGAUGAUGUCUGGUACAUCCGCCAUGCUCCCUUCAACCAAUCAGCACAGUCGGUGUAAGUCAUGUGACCCUCAGCCGGCCGCCUGCAGGGCCAAUGAGUGCAUCUCAAACUGUAGCGUAUCGAGAGUCUGCCCGAAUCCACAGGACGUCUGCGCCGCCGUCUGGUGGAGGAAAGCUGGGAUGGUUACCGUGGAGACGAUGUGUCACGACCCCACGCGAGCGCUGCGCGGUGUGAUGUUGCAGGAUUACAACGGAUCUGUGUGUGUGUUGAGCAUCAGACAAUCCUUGCGUGUGUGUGCCUGUACGGGACACGAGUGUAACGAGCGCCUGCUGCUGAACACACACACUGAGGGGGAGGACAAGAUAGAGACAUCGAGUGCAUCAGUAAUUAAAGUGUUCAAGGUCCCUCAGCUCUGUAAGUUCUGCGACAUCGAAUUCACGACGUGUAACGCCACCGGCGUCUGCGAAUCCUUCUGCAAAGUCACAUCGAUCUGCGAGAAUCCCGAGGAAGUGUGUGUCAGUUCCUGGAGGAGAGAGGAAGGGAACGCCACCAUCGAGACGGUGUGUCACCACCCAGCGCUGAGGUUUCGUGGCCAGUUCCUGAAGGACUUCAACAGCAAAACCUGCGAGAUGAAGCGAGUGAAGGGGGCGGAGGACGAGUUCAUCUGCUCCUGUAACGAGGAAGAGUGUAACGGCCGCCUCAUCUUUCCUGACGGUGCGGAUCCGGUUUCUCCCAGAUCGGAGGAGCCGAAGCUCCCGUUUCUGAUGCUGGUCGGUCUGGUUUCCUCUGCGGUCGUGCUGGUCCUGCUGGUCUCGCUGCUCUUCGUCUACUGGGUGUAUCGGCAGCACAAAGCGCCCGCGUCCAAAGGCAAAAGCGAAAGCGAAACCUGCGCCAUCAUCAUGAACGAAGACCGCUCCGACAACAGCCUGAACCACAACUUGGAGCUUCUUCCCAUCCAACUGGACUCAUCCGUCGGGAAAGGCCGGUUCGCCGAGGUCUUCAGAGCCGGACUCAAGCAAGCCAGCCAAUCCUUCCAAACGGUGGCCGUGAAAAUAUUCCCGUAUGAAGAAUACGCCUCGUGGAAAACCGAGUGGGAGAUUUACUCCGACGCCGAGCUCCGGCACGAGAGCGUCCUGCACUUUCUGACCGCCGAGGACCGGAAAGCGUCGCGACAGUAUUGGCUGAUAACGGCCUAUCAGGAGCGAGGAAACCUGCAGGACUUCCUGUCGCAGCACGUGAUUAGCUGGGACGAGCUGUGCCGAUUGGCCGGUUCGCUGGCGAGGGGCGUGGCUCAUCUUCACGCCGAUCGGACGCCGUGCGGACGAGCUAAAGUGGCCAUCGUCCACCGAGACCUGAAGAGCGCUAACGUGCUGGUGAAGUCAGACCUCACGUGCUGUCUGUGUGACUUCGGCCUCAGUCUGAGACUCGACACCUACACGUCUCCGGAGGAACUGGCCAACAGCGGACAGGUGGGCACGGCGCGGUACAUGGCUCCAGAAGUGCUGGAGUCCCGGAUGGACCUGGAGAACAUCGAGUCCUUCAAACAGGCGGAUGUUUACUCCAUGGCUCUGGUUCUGUGGGAGAUCGUGUCCAGAUGCAGCGCCACCGGAGAUGUGCGGGAAUACGAGCCUCCGUUCGGGAAGCUGAAGGAGCAUCCGUGUGUGGAGAGCAUGAAGGAUGAUGUCAUCAGAGAUCGACUGAGACCCGAGAUACCGGUCAGCUGGAGCAACCACACGGGCGUUCAUCUCCUGAGCUCCACCAUCGAGGAGUGCUGGGAUCACGACCCCGAGGCCCGGCUGACGGCGCAGUGUGUCGUGGAGCGUCUCAGUGACAUCAUCAGCUCUGACAUCAUCAAGAGCACAGGGGAUUCUGGGAGCGACGACAAGUAGAGCAAGCGCCGGAUCACGGACGUCCAGACACACACUGCACUUUACAGGAGCAGGAACAUUUACACGCGUCAGGUGAUUUUAUUCAGCCAAACUGCAGAAACACACACUCUUCCUCGGUGUUUCGGUCUCGUUUCCCAGCGUAAACAUCUAAACACUCUUAUAUCCUCAUCCGUUUACUGGAGAUUCACAAUGACUGAAGAUAUUGAGUCUUGUUUUAUGAAAACUGCAUCAAAAUUAAUCAAGAAAAUCUGCUAAUGGAGUCAGAAAAAUAAACUUAAGACAAAGGAAAACAACAAUCUGUGGCAGAUAAUUGUUGUUUUAAGCACAAACUUGCUAAAUUUUGUUUUAUAGCAAUUUAAUGUCUUUGUCUUUUUGUUUCUCUUGUAAAUGUAUCUUGAAUUACGAGUUUUCAGAUAUUUGUGCCGGAAAACUAGAGGUUUUUUUUAACUAUUAUUCAGUAUCAGGAGCACGUGUAUGACGUCAGUUGCUCGUUACGUAUUAUCAUUAAGCUUCAGGGAAAAUCUGCUCCGCUGACGUGAAACAGUCAAACAUUGAGGAACAGGAAGUGAGGUCAUGGCCGGAUGUGAACAAUAUUCACACGCAAAGGAUUCUGGGACAUGUGAACUCUGCAAGAGCAUCCAUAAGGCUCUCUGUGAACUUACAGUAUUAUAAAGCCUCAAAAACCUUCAUGUUCGGGAUUAUAAAUCAGAUCAAAUCCAGCUGAUUUAAGUGUUAAUAAUCCAUGACACAACCAAAGAGAUGAAAUAUGAAUGUUGAGACUCUCAGGUCAAGCUGUUUAUUAAUGUGAAAAUACAGUCUAUGGACUUAUACACACGUGCCUUACAGAGCAAACGCUGAUGCACAUCUCAUUUACGUCAAUGUAGAUGAUCAGUUAAUAUCUGUUAAUGAGUAUAUGAAACAUCAACAACAUCCAGUUUAUAAAAGCAACAUUUAUAAAAGAAAAAGCACUUUUUUGUAAUACAUAUAUCAUUGUGUAAAUGUAUCUAAUUGUGUAAACUCAUAAAAUCAUUGAUUGUUUGUGAAUGUUAUUGUGUGUUAUAGAUUGAAUCUGAUGCUUUAAAUUAACAUGAAACCCAAUUUACUCAAUUUACUUUCUGGUCAUCAGUCCAAAUUA